UCUCGCUACAGUUGAGGCUGCGCCGGCGCAGUGGCACCAUGGCCGUGUGGUGCGGCGCGCGCAUCCUGCCCCUGGAGCGCAGGGUCUACUCCAUCACGCUCGUGAUAGAGCCGAACACGGCGUUCCUGCGGGCGGCGCGCGCCGGCCAGCUGGACACCGUGGUGGACCUGCUCAGCUCCGGCGCCGUCAAGGACAUCAACACUUGCAACUCGAAUGGUCUGAACGCGCUGCACCUGGCUGCCAAAGAUGGACACAUCGCCGUUGUGGACGAGCUGCUCAAGCGAGGCGCUGUCGUCGAUGCCGCCACUAAGAAAGGCAACACAGCCCUGCACAUAGCAUGCCUGGCCGGGCAGGAGGCGGUGGCGCGCGCGCUACUCGCGGCCGGCGCCAAGGCGGACGCGCAGUCUGCAGCCGGGUUCACUCCUCUAUACAUGGCAGCGCAGGAGAACCACGCCACGUGUGUCAAGAUGCUGCUGGCUGCUGGGGCCAGUCAGACACUGGCUACUGAGGACGGCUUCACUCCACUGGCCGUGGCGAUGCAGCAGGGCCACGACCGCGUGGUGGCCGAGCUGCUGGAGUCCGACACGAGGGGCAAGGUUCGACUCCCGGCCCUGCACAUUGCUGCCAAGAAGAACGAUGUGAAAGCUGCCACGCUUUUACUCGAAAACGAACACAACCCCGACGCGUGCUCCAAGUCGGGCUUCACGCCGCUGCACAUAGCAGCCCACUACGGCAACGUGGGCGUGGCGAAGGCUCUCCUGGCGGCCGGCGCGGACGCAGGCCGGGCUGCCAAGCACAACAUCACGCCGCUUCACGUAGCCAGCAAGUGGGGGCAGCUCGCCAUGGCCGACCUGCUGGUUGAACAUGGUGCCAACAUAGCAGCGGUGACUAGGGACGGGCUGACUCCACUCCACUGCGCAGCCAGGUCCGGCCACAGCAACGUCGUGACCCGGCUGCUGCAGCACGGCGCGCCCAUCACUAGCAAGACUAAGAACGGCCUGACGCCCCUGCACAUGUCAGUCCAGGGCGAGCACGUGGAGGCGGCGGGCGUGCUGCUGGGCGGCGGCGCGCCCAUCGACGACGUCACCGUGGACUACCUCACGGCGCUGCACGUGGCCGCCCACUGUGGGCACGUCAAGGUGGCGAAACUCCUUCUCGAUCGAAACGCCGACGCGAACGCGCGUGCUCUGAACGGAUUCACGCCGCUCCAUAUAGCGUGCAAGAAGAACCGACUCAAAGUUGUCGAGUUGCUACUCAAAUACGGUGCUAGCAAAUCAGCGACCACCGAGUCCGGUCUAACCCCUCUCCAUGUAGCCGCGUUCAUGGGCUGCAUGAACAUAGCGCUGGUGCUGGCGGGGGCAGGAGCUCGCGUGGACGCGGCCACGGCGCGGGGCGAGACGCCGCUGCACCUGGCGGCGCGCGCGCACCAGCUGGACCUCGUGCGCGUGCUGCUGAGGAACCACGCCGCGGUGGACGCAAAAGCUCGUGAAGACCAGACAGCUCUCCACGUAGCAGCCAGACUAGGGCACGCGGACAUAGCGGCUUUACUACUGCAGCACGGCGCGUCGCCCACCGCCGCCACGACCGACCGCUACACGCCGCUACACAUCGCUGCUAAAGAAGGCAAAGACGAAGUAGCAUCGAUCCUUCUAGAAAACGGCGCCGACAUCGAAGCGGAGACCCGCAAAGGUUUCACACCACUCCAUCUAGCGGCUAAAUACGGAGACAUCAAUGUAGCGAGGCUGCUAUUGGCUAAGGGAGCCCAGACCGAUGCGCCGGGCAAAAGUCAUAUCACGCCACUGCAUAUGGCCACGUAUUAUGGGCAUCCUGAUAUAGCGCUGUUGCUUUUGGAUAAAGGAGCAUCACCCCACUCGCUUGCUAAGAACGGCCACUCGGCUCUUCACAUCGCGUGCAAAAACAAUCAUCCGGAUAUUGCGUUUGCGCUUUUGGAACAUGACGCAGACCCGACCGUGAAAUCCUCCGCCGGCUUCACCCCCCUGCACAUGGCGUCCCAGGAGGGCCAUCUCGACUGUGUGGAGAUGCUGCUGGAGCGGGGAGCCGCCAGCGAGCCCGCCAACAACGGCCUAACCCCCCUCCACCUGGCCGCGUCCGAAGGCCGCACAGCCGUCAUCAAGACCCUCGUAGCCCACGGCGCGGACGUCCGAGCUCGCAGCCGCGACGGAUACACGCCUUUACACGCGGCCGCUCAUCAUGGACAUAGUGGCGCGGUCAAUGAGUUGUUGCAGGCGAAUGCGGAUGUCAAUGCGCAGGCUAAUCAUAAGUUCACGCCACUGCACCAGGCGGCGCAGCAGGGGCACACCUACAUCAUACAGCUGCUGCUGAAACACAACGCCGAUCCCAACGCACUGUCCUCGACCGGCCAAACCGCGUGCGCCAUAGCGGACCGGCUGGGCUACAUCAGCGCGGUGGAGGCGCUGCGGCCCGUCACUGAGAACACGCUCAGCCAAGCCGUCGGCGACUCUGGCGGAGCGGAGGGCAAGUACCGGGUGGCGGCGCCGGAGCUCAUGCAGGACACCUUCAUGAGCGACUCCGAAGACGAGGGAGGUGAAGUCGAGUGUCCAAUCCAGCAGCAGCAACAAUACCGCUACAUGAACAGCGAGGCGGGCACCCUGCAGCGCGCGCGCCCCCUAGAGGACAGCGUCACUGAUGGACACCUGUACCCCAGCAACAAUGACCGCAAGACGGCCACCAUCGACCGGCAGCCGCUGGACAUCGGAUUCCUGGUGUCGUUCGUGGUGGACGCCCGCGGAGGCGCCAUGAAGGCGAAGCGGCGCGGCGGCGUGCGCGUCAUAGUGCCGCCGGCUGCCUGCGCCGCGCCCACUCGGCUCACGUGCCGUGCCGCCACCCGUCGGGCGCCUGCCGCCGCGCCACCGCCGCUCAUGGAGGGCGAGGCACUGGCCAGUCGCUUGCUCGAGUUGCAGCCUCAAGGGGCCAAGUUCCUCGCGCCGGUGAUCCUAGAGGUCCCUAUCUACACGGCAUCCUGCCCCGAGCGCGAGAUCGUGAUACUGCGCUCCGACACCGGCGACACCUGGCAGGACCACUACCUGCACCACGCCGACAACCCCAUGAUACAGGAGGCCCUAGCCAAAGAGCGUCUCGAACACGGCGCCUCAGGCGAAUCACUCAACGCACUCGGCGAGCGAGUCACCCGCAUACUCACGUGCGACUUCCCGCACUACCUGGCCGUGGUGUCCCGCGUGCGCCAGCAGGUGCACGCCGUGGGACCCGAGGGGGGCACGCUGCAUAGCACCGCUAUACCACAAGUCCAAGCCCUGUUCCCGCCAUCAGCUCUGACUAAGCGCAUCCGAGUCGGGCUCCAAGCCCACGGCUGCGACCCGCUAGCGGCUCGUUUACUGCCAAGAUCAGCCUCCGUCGCGCCAGUGAUCACUGUGGAGCCACGACGCAGGAAGUUCCAUACCACGAUUACACUGACUUCGCCGUUGCCGCCUCCUCAGGGCGCCCCCGGCGACAAGCAAGUCUCGGGCAACCUGCGGCUCCUCUGCUCCAUCAUGGGCGGGCAGGCGCGGGCCGUGUGGGAAGAUGUCACCGGCUCCACGCCGCUCACUAUUAUUGGGGAUUGCGCCUCGUUCACCACCACUGUUUCGGCUAGGUUCUGGCUGAUGAACUGUCAGAAUGUGAGCGAAGCGACCAAACUGGCCACCGAUCUCUACAGGGAGAUGCUCCUAGUCCCGUUCGAGGUGCGCCUGGUGGUGCUCGGCAAGAGACUAGACGCACUCGAGGGCCGCCUUCUCGUGCUGCACAUCACCGACAGAUACGCCUACGAGACUCUGCUGCAGCAGGAACACUACACGGAGGUAGCUCACUCCACAGCAGUGCGUCUGCUGGACGGCAAGGACGUGCACCUGGAGUUCAGCGGGAACCUGCUGCCCGUCACCAAGUGCGGCACACAACCCACCUUCAAGUUUGAGGCGUUCAAAGACAACCGCGUGGAGUUCACGGUGCGCGUGAAGCACCAGGGCGAGCCCGCCGCCGGACGCGUCUACUUCAUGAACGAACCCAAGGUGGCGAAGGGCGAACAGUCGCAGACGCCGGCGUGCGUCCUAGACAUUGCGCUGCCGGAGCGCAUCGCGCCGCGCGCCGGCCAGAGCCACGCCGACUGUCUCCACCUCGACCAGUCUGGCUUCGACGCGUUGAACGACGAGUUGAGCUGGGAGCACAACAGCAGCCUCGGGCCCGCCUCGCUGCCGCACCAGGGCAUGAACGGACACAGCAAAGUCAUCACUAUCACAAACGGCGAUGUCAAACAUCACGACGCUAACGACACUAAACCAAAAGCCAACGGUGACUCCCACCACGUAGACUCCAACAACAUCAAGGCCACAUUCGACUCAGACGAAGACAAAACUCCGCACAACACUCUAGAGAAAGGCAAAAAGAAAGACCUCAUCAUCUCGGACAAACUGAGACAAACACUGAACUUCGACGACGACGCAAUGAUGGAGCCGCCACAGCCGAAGCCCAGAGAAGACAAGAAAAGCCCCCCCAAAGCCGCCCCUAGACACAUCAAGGAAGACAUCCUCGAUCAAGUCAACGACAUGUUCGCAGAUCUACAACAGAAACCGAGGCAAAAGGAAGAUGUUGAAAGCACGGUUUACAGCACAAAGUUAGUUGUCGACGAAACUGACAGGCCACUGCAGGAUAUCAAGGAAGAGCAGUACGAAAACAUGCAGCCCGUGGUCACACCCGGAUGUGCCAUCAAAUCUGAUCCGUUUAUAAAGUACUCGGGCUGUUGCGAUGGCAAGAACAAAGCGCACAAACACACAGAGGAAGAAACAUCGAACUUAGUCGACAGAAUAGAACAUGAGGCUUUCACACAGAAAGAGAAACUAAAAGAGCUGGACGACAGAGCACAAAAUGAAUUGGACGAUGGAUUACAGAAGAUACAACAAGAAAAAGACAACGUUCAACUGAAAUCCAAUAAGAUAAUCGAAGAUUUGAAGGACCAAAGUGAGAAAGUUAAAACUGACUUCGAAAGCAAGGGACUUGGUUUGCUAGCUGAUGCUAAACAAGGUUUCGACCAUGGAUCCUUUUUGGCAAAUGAAAGGACGCAUACAGCACUGCAUUUAGCUGAAGAAACUAAAAAUGGGGUUGCGUCAGACUUGGAAAAAGCUAGAUCGUCAGCUGAAAAGUCACUGAAUGAUGCAAAACAGACAAUUAAAGAGAAGGCCGAUUCAGUAGAAAAGGACCUCAAAGAAGGACUUAACAGUGCCGAAUCUAGUCUAAGCGAAUCAUUAGAUGAUAGUGUGAAGAAAGCUAACAAAAAGAAGAAGAAGGGUAAAGGGUUCAUAUCCGGUCUCGUCAACAACGUGUUCGGACAGAAAGACAAGAUCGAGAAUGAUGUUAAAGGAAAGAUAGCCGAAGGGAAAGACACAGCCAAUGACUUACUCGAACAGGCUUCAGCGAAGAAAGAUGAAAUAAAAGAAUCUGCAAACAAAAAACAAGAAGAAGUCAAAGAGGCAGUUUCCAAGAAACAAGAAGAGUUGAAAGAUACCGUUUCAAAGACAACUGAAGACGUAUCGAAUGCUGUGUCAAAGAAACAAGAUGAAAUCCAAAAGGCUGUGAGUCAACAGAAGGAACAGUUAACAGAUGCAGUUUCCAGAAAGGAACAAGAAUUAAAAGAAGCUGCUGCCAAGAAAGAAGAAGAAUUAAGACAUGCUGCUUCCGAAGUUACUGACGCUAUCUCGGAGAAGAAAAACGAGCUGAAAGAAAAAGCUUCCAAGAAACACGUCGAAAUAAAAGAAGGUGCUGAACACUUGGCCCAAAGCGUUCAAGACAAAAAGGACGAAGUAGCCAACCAAUUGCAGAGCAAAAAGGACGAACUACUAGACGAUGCUGAAAGCCACAUGGACAAAAUACGCAAGGAGGCUGAACAAACCACUGACGAAAUCAAAAGAUCCGCCGAAGAGGCUCUGAACUCCGCUGCAGCGAAGAAAGGACAACUCCAAUCAAACUUCAACAACAAAGUCAACGACAUCAAAGAAUCUGGCAAAGAAUCGCUGCAGAAAGCGAGCGACAAACUCAACGACAUCGAAAAGUCUUCGAAGGAGUCGUUCGAGAAAGCCCAAGACGCCGCCUUGAGUUCUUUCGGUAAACUCGAAAGUUCUGCCAAGGACCACGCGCUUGAGGCUCAAGACACCUUCGACGAUCUGCAGAGUGCGUCCAGAGACACGUACGCCAGUUUCCAAGACGAUGUUCACGGACUGGAGGGUUCCGCACAAGACACGCUGCGCAGCUUUCAGAGUUCCGCCGGCAACACUUUCGACAGUCUAGAAGAUUCGGCUCGGGAAGUGUUCACAAAUGUCCAUGGUCAGGCUGAAAUAGCCGAAGAUAAGUCGAAGGAGUUGUUUGGAGACGCCAAAACGUCCUUUGAAGGUUUCCAGGUUUCGGCUGAUAAUAAACUAGAGGAGAUUAAAGGUGGAGUGAAGAGUACGAUGGAUGAAGCAGGGGACAGGCUGAGAGAGACAGGAGAUGGCGUGGCGGCGGGAGUGAAAGAGACAGAGAGUGCUGUGGCGGACGCGGUCGCGAGCCAGGCCGACAACUUCACGAGCAACUUGAAUAACUUGGGCAAUGACGUGUUCGGUCUUUCGGGGAAAGGAUUCAUGAAAGACUCGAGCUCCAAGCUGCUGGAGUCGGAGAAGGCGCAGUCCACGCCCUCGCCACAGAAGAAGGGAUCCGGGAUACCCAAAUUGAAGAAGAAGAAGAAGUAAAUGUACGAGCGAUAGAAACGAAACGUCACGAUGUAUGAUCUAUUUUAACUAUAGUUGUCUAUGUGCGAUGUGCAUUUACUGUUUUUACUACAGCAAUCAUGGAAAAGUUUCAGUAAUACAUUCUCUAUAAUAAAUAUAGAAGUGUUUUCUGCGACUAAAUUAAAAACAGUUAAUGCAACUCGUUUAUAAGUGGGACCGCGUUCAGAUAUUAGCGUUGCGUAGAGCACCAUGCCUUACACAAGGUACAAACGAAGAAUUAUGAUUAAAUAUUAAUAUUUAGUAGGUCUGUACGUAGGAAUGUAAGUUAAUGUUCGGACGCGGUCUCUGAAGCACCACAAACAACAUCUCGUAACCACAUGGUGUUUUAUUUGUAAACUUUUUAUUAAUUUAUUGUUGUUACGUAGUCAUUAUGUACAAAAGGCAAUUUGUUCCAGUGUUGCGAUCUAUGUAUUCUUCACUAUGUAAAGAGUGUAUGUGUGGUUAGCAAUGUAUGAGUGUACACUUAUCAAUUAAUUUUAACAUGACAUGUAAUGUUAGGCUCGAACACACAGUUGAGAUUUAAAAAUAAAUUGAUCUGUGUGUCUAUAGCUUUAGUUUGAGUAACAAAAGUAAUAUAUUACAGAACACUAUAGAAGUUAAUUGAAUUGUUUUUAUAUUUUAUUUUUAUGUUGAAAUCAUCCAAUCUUGCCGUGACAUUUUUUUGUUAAAAUUCUGGACAUCGAUCAGUUUUUAGAAAUAUUUUUUGACGUUUUUUGGACAAAACUUAAGUUGCACUUUUUCUACUUAUAUUUCCUACUUAGGUAUUUAUUAAUAUUUUAUAUCAGUGAAUGUGCAUUUUAUAAUACUUUAUUUUAAGUGUUUCAUAUCAGUGUUGCAUAAUUUAUACAAUUUUAACUGUGUUUUCAUUGAUAUGUCAUAAUUUUACAUUGCUUUGUACAGACUUUAAUUUACAAAAACAAGUAUAAUUUCGUGAUAUAUUGUAAUAAUCAUUUUAAUAAUGUAAACGUGCUUUCUACAGUUCGAUUUCUUUAUUAUUUUAGUAGCGAGCCUACUAAAUAGAUCUGCUAGUUUUAUUUAUUUUUGGAUUAAUUUGCUGUUUCAUCAACUUGCUAAAUACCUAUGUCAUCUCAUUGAUUUUAAGUGAUAACUAAAAUUAUGUCAUUUACCACGUUGUUGAAACUAUUUUUAUCUUGAACACGCUUUCAAUGUUACAAAGCGCCCAAUAUCUAUCUAUAUCUACCCCACAUUAACUGUCAAUUGAACAUGGAAUGCCAUUUUAAACAUGAUUGGCGCAUACCAUUGACCAAUCAGCUGCUCGGAUCUAGCAGAUUAGCUAGCGGCAUUGCUCACUUCACAGUUAAUAUGGAGGAAUUGUGAACAUGCAUGUCUUAUCAAUGCAAGCAAUGCUUGUGAUGUGUAAACUUGUUACAUAUAAGAGAUUAUAUGAAAAGUAUUCUAGAGA